AUGAAUAACUGCGCUGGAGAAACCUCUCCGGCGAAGUCCUGCGGUCGUCGCCUUUGCAAAUCCGCCGGAAAUGCCGCCGUCUUCUUUGUCGCCUUCGAUCGGGAGGAGAAGGAAAGGGGUGUCGGGCUCGGAAGAAGAAGAAUGGAAAGGGGAGAAAUGGAUAUGGGGAGUCGGCCGGCGGCAAGGAAGGAAAGAGAAGAAGCCGCCGGCCGGAGAGAAGAAGAAGAAGCGCUGAUGAUGAUGCCAAUAAGGAAGAGGAAGACGAGCAUGGGCCGACAAAAGAUCGAGAUUAAGCGGAUCGAGAGCGAGGAGGCACGUCAAGUGUGCUUCUCCAAGCGCCGCGCCGGACUCUUCAAGAAGGCCAACGAGCUCUCCGUCCUCUGCGGGGCUCACCUUGCCGUCAUCGUCUUCUCCCCCGCCGGCAAACCCUUCUCCUUUGGCCACCCCUCGGUCGACUCUGUUCUUGACCGCUUCCUACCCUCGUCGGCCCACCCUACUCCUCCUCCUCCUCGUCCUCCUCCUCUCUCGUUCCACGACCCCCGUGUGAUGACCGUCGCUGCCGCCUCGCUGGUCCCCGAGCUCGACCGGCAGUACGUGGAGCUGGCUGAGCGAUUGGAGGGAGAGCGGCGGAGGAAAGAGGUGCUGGAGGCCGCGCUUCUAGCGCAAAGGGGUGACUUUGCCAGGCUCAUGCAGUCCAGCUUGGAGGAGCUGGGCAUGGCGGAGUUGGAGAGACUGCAGGCCGCGCUAGAUAGGCUGCGUUGGGACGCAGGGAGGAGGGUGGACCAGCUGCUGACCGAGGCGCAGAUCAGGAAACUAAUGUUGGCCGGCGAUGUUGGCAGUGUCGGCGGUGGAGCAUAUCUUGGUGGAGGAUUCAUUGCUGCGGCGGCGCCGCCGCCGCAGGGUGGCAAUAAUAUUGAUAUGCAGGCGAUUCCUGCGCCGGGUCAGGCUCCGGCUGGAUUUGGUUAUGGCUACGGAUCUUCUAGUUAA